CGGGGUCCCCGCGGGCGGGCACUCCGGCGGCCGCGGCGCGAUGGAGGCGCCCGCCGAGCUGCUGGCCGCGCUGCCGGUGCUGGCCACGGCGCUGGCGCUGCUGCUCGCCUGGCUGCUGGUGCGGCGCGGGGCGGCCGCGAGCCCAGAGCCCGUGACCCCGGCCAAGGCCCCCGGGACCCCCGCACCGCCCUGCGCCCCAGAGCCGGCGGCCGCGCCGGAGGGCCCGGGGGAGCUCGAGGGGCCGGGGGAGCGAGAGGCGGCGCCGGUGGAGGCGGAGGAGCAGGCCGCCGAGGCCAAGCAGGAGGAAGAGGAACCAGAGCAGGAGGAGGAUGGCCGGGAGAGCCCACCCCAAGCAGGGCCUGAGGAAGAGGAGGGGGGAGAGGUCUUCUCCUUUAAAUACAGCCCUGGGAAGCUGCGGGGAAACCAGUACAAGAAGAUGAUGACCAAAGAGGAGCUGGAGGAGGAGCAGAGAGUGCAAAAGGAGCAGCUGGCAGCCAUCUUCAAGCUCAUGCAGGACAACAAGGAGACAUUCGGGGAGAUGUCCGCUGGCGACGUGCAGGAACAGCUCCGGCUCUAUGACAUGUAGGCAGCCUUCGUCCGGCGAGGUCCAGGCCCUCCCAUGCAGACGUCAGCAGGCUCCUUCCCUCCCCCAGACAUAGCUGUAGAGGUGGAUGGCCCCUGAUGGCGCGUUCCCACAGCUUAGUCCUCCUUUUAUAGGAAGCGGGAUAGCUGUCUUCAGAGUUAGACGCAUUUGCUAAGAGAAUGCUCCCCGCAGUUCCGGAGGCUUCCAGAAAGCCUUCUGAGGCAGAAUGAGGGGGCAGCGUUGUUAGGCUGGACACCCAGACAGCAGGACCUGUUACCCAUCUUCUGCACGGCGCCCCCGAAUCCUUUCCACACCAGGUGCGGGCAGGUGGGGGGGGGGGCUGUGCCCAGGGAUGCGAGCUGCUGCCUGUCCCAGGCUCUGAGCGUGCUUUUAGCAAAAACCCUAACUCAGCACCUCAACACCCACCUUCCAUGCUGAACUGAUCAGUGCCCUCAGAGCUGGGACCCGCGAAGAGCCCCUCCCAUUUAAGCAUGACACUGACUUCCCACUUAAGGAAGGGAGGCUCGUUUGAGUGUUUAUAACACACCCAGCACUGUGCCCCCUGCUAGAGAGAGACAUCAAAGAUGCAACAUGGUGCCCGCCUGUAAGGGAGACGAAGGUCCUCCGGAGAAGACAGCCAUGCGUGCAGGGAAAGGGCCUUUCCACAGACAGCACGCCGGAAAACACCAAAAUGGCCUGAUGGGGACAGUGUCUGGGACAGCUUGGGGGCUCCGUAGGUCCUGGGGUCAGCCAACGUGGGAUGAGGGGAAUACAGCAGUUCCUUCGUGCUGCACAGGCCGUUUCUGUUCCAUUAGCACGAAAGCUCAUAGCAAACGGAAUUAGGGAGGGUCUGGUGAGGAGAGAACCUGCGAAGUUCUUAUAAAUAUUUUGUAUUUGCUGGAAUAAAGCUAAAUCAAUACAGUGAACUCAAA